AUCCCAACCUCUCCCCGCUCGACUUGGAUUACACUCAGGUGGACAACAGAACAUGUCAAUCUACACGACUAUCGCAACCAGUAAGGAGCGUCACGCCGAAAUCCAGGCCGCUCUCGCCGCCGUCGAGAGCAGCCCGGAAAGGCUCCAGUCGCACGAAUCCUACCUCUCGGAUCUCCGCCGCGCGCUGGCUGAGACUAACCAGCAGCUCGCACAGCUCCGACAGGUCACCCAGGUCGAGCGUGCGCUGCACGAGAAGUACCGCGACAGCACGGUGCGUCGCCUGCUCUACCGGGCGACGGGCAAGCGGACCGAUUUCGAGGCCAAGGCCGAUCAGGAGAUGCGUGAUUACUACGCCGCGCUGGCGAAGGAGAGCCGCGCACAGGCGCAGCAGGAGAUGCUGGAGGCCCAGGUCGCGGAUGCGGUGACGCAGGAGCGCGACCUUCAAGCCGCGUGCGUGGCGCGGGACCGACUGCAGGAGGAGCUCGACGCCAUCUAUAGCGAGAUCUUCGAGGGCCGGACGGAGGAUUUCCCGGAGGAGGAUGCGCAGGAAGAGGUCACUCAGCUGGCGCGGCGGGAGUAUGGGCAGCGGCGGCAGCGUUGGAGCGACGUCCACCAGGCGGCGCAGUGUCUGGCGAGAGGGCAGCUAACGAUCCGGGAGGCGCUAUUGAACCUAGUCGAGAGUCUGCGUCACUCGGAGAGGGAUCUAUGGGGGUUUGGAGGGACCCUGGUCGAUGUGCGGCAGCAGAACUGUCUGUCCCGCGCGCAGCAGAAGGUCAGCCAGACGCAGAUGCUGGCGGCACAAGCGAAACGGCUGGACUCGAUGGUGCAGCCGCUACCGGCCAUGAGUCUGGUCGAACGGGACUGGGUCGGGGGAAUGCUCUUCGAUACCUUCUUCUUCCACCUCGAGUUCUUGGAUAUGAUGCAACAAUCAGUUCUGGAGAUCAAGCGAGCGGAGGAGAGCCUGGCCGCCGAAGUCCGGCGGAUCAAGUCUCGGGAGGCAGACAUGCAGGCGCAGCUGAAUGAGGCGCGAACGACCUUCGAAAAUGCACAGCAAGACCUUCGUCGGAUUCGAUACGAGGUAUUCAUGAAGACCGCUGACCCCCCACCGCCCUACACCGGUGCACCGACAGUGGGAAGUGUUUGAGGCUUUUGGUGGCUGAAGGGGUGAUACACCCUAAGACAGGAUUACCGUAUAGGUAAUCGAUUAGCAACCUGUAGGACCACUGUUCCUGCCAAGGUAGGCACAAGACAAGAAGGUUGUUGGAGUGAUAAAGACUUCUUGGCUUGGAGUGAGACUGCUGUCUUUCAUGCAACAAAGAGCCCGGGAAUAUCUUUGUUUCUACCCGCUUGGUCCCUCCUGACCGGCACCAGAUAUUGACUGUGAGGACGAACAAUGAUCCACAGGACUUAAUUCCAUUGCCGUAACAUUAAUGGAUCUUUGUCUACUUUUGUCUGCAUUCACGCAAAGGAG